AUGUCAGAUACAAUUGGCGAGAAGCACGGUGCUGGUGAUAUUAUGGACGUGGUUAUUCAACCAAAGUAUGAAAACAAUCCAGAUGCUGAAGAAUUUUCUUCUAUGACAGCUAAUGUUGGUAGUGGUAGUGAAAUUAAUAAUCGUUCAUAUUCAUCACGAUCAACACAUAGAGAUGAGCAAGGUGGUCGAAUUCAUCGAACAACAUCUAGCAAUGGUUCAAAUGUUAAAAUUAAUUCAUCAACAUCUGUUUAUGAUCGAAAUAUACGAAUCGGUCGUCUAUUAUAUCAUUUAACAAAUACUAUUAAACAAUUAACUACCAAUAUUGACAAUUUGAACCAAAACUUGAAGAAAUUACAUGAGGAUAUGGAUAAUUUAACAAGUGGUAGGGGUGAUUUACGCAACCAUAUUGGAUAUUUAAAAGACGAUUUUAACAAUCGAAAUGUUACUAGUGGUGGUGUUGGCGGUGAUCCUUAUUAUAUAAAAUAA